AUGGCCUCUUCCAUCCAAACUGGAGGGUCAUGGAUAAACGUUCGAAGAGGUCAGAAUCUUGGCGACGAGAUUAUUCAAGGGAAAACAAAAAAGAGGAAAACCAUUACACAUGGCUCCUCAAGUGAACAAUGCAUGCAAUCGGUUCCAGUGGUGAGUUCCGUGUCAAAAAUAAUGGCACUAUUACGUCAUCUGAGGGAAAAUACUCCCCCCACGUUGUGA